GCGCGAUUUCUCUGCACAAUGCCAUGGUUGCCGGACACGGUGCGCACGUGUACAUAUACGAAUGGAGCUAGAUUGUUAUCUGUUUUGAAUAUUUCGCGUUUGAGCACACGGCUGUCGAUGUUAUCGGCAAUUUUUCGUUUUUGCGUUAGCCGCUACCUCAAAGCUACACCUCCGCCUGCGCAUCCACUCUGUAUACGUCACUGUCUGUCAAAGUUCAUCGUUCCUAUUCUCGUACUAAUGCACAAAACUGCUCGUUCAGAACAUUUCAUUUCGUCCACGAAAACCGGAGCCAGAAUCAAGAUCUAUUCGAACACCUGCCCCCGCAGCACGGAUCGCCUCAUCAGCAUCUGUGGGAAACCCACGACGUGCAUCGAAUGCAUACGUGAAUUGAUCGCCACCAUUAAGACCUCACCGCUGAAGGGUGUAAACAAUCCUUAUGACCCGCACAAUUUCGAUGAUUUUUAUGCCGACGACUACGGCGGCUACGGUAGCGCCGAUGGAGGUCAAGGCAAGGUCGGCGGAUUUGGUGGACCCGGUGGUCGUGGAGGAGGCGGCGGAGGUGGCGGUGACUGGUGGCGGCGGCGGAAUGCCACCGGAGACGGGGAUAACCGUGGAGGCGGUCCUGGUGAUGGAUGGGGAAUGCAAGGAAGUGCACCUAAUGGCUUGGGUGGUGGCGGGGGUAACACAGGAAUAGGUGGUCCACCUAUGGGUGGGAACAAUCAAGGCAACCAGGGCAACAUGAGUGGAAACAAGACCAGUACACAAGUCACCAUUCCUAAAGACUUGGCCGGAGCUAUAAUUGGCAAAGGCGGCGCGAGAAUCAGAAAAAUCAGAUCCGAUAGUGGUGCUGGAAUAACUAUAGACGAGCCACUGCCUGGCAGUAACGAUCGCAUCAUCACUAUCACCGGAAUUCCCAGUCAGAUACAAAUGGCCCAGUACCUGCUGCAACAGAGCGUACACGAGAAUGCAGAUCAUUACUAAAACGUGGUGAGAGAUGUAUUCGGGGAAGAGGGGAGCCAAAGAUGCGCUUUUAUAACUUUUUUUUAGAAAUAUUUCUUGGGUAAACACAUACAAACACUGAAAAUGGAACCUGAAACAAGUACAUUUGACAUGCACCUGCAGAAACGCGCGCAACAACUUCCGGCAGAGUGCUGGGCACGGAAAGAUAAUUCGUAGAAUUUACAUCAAACACAUAUACACGCCACAUGCCACACGCGAAUCACCCUCUCCCAGGAAGAUAAACGCUUGUGGUCGAUGCUAACGUGACCUUGAUGCGGCGAUUCUAUUCAAGAAUGAUAGUCGCCUAUUACAGCUUGCAAAGCAAAUCGAUUCACGAAUCGAGUACUGUUAACGUUUUCGAUGUCGGCCUUUCUUUAGCGUAGAAUUCUCUUAUUUGUAUCGUGUACCGCGAGGCACACAUACUAUCGAUGACAGCGGGGGGUUUCAAACUGGCAAGCAACCGUGUUUCCCAAUAUUAGCAUUCCCGAGAAAAGUAUUUAUUGUUUAAAGAAAAUCCAAAGAGCGAUCCGUUUUUUUUUUUAACAUUGAAUGCGCGCUAAUUCUCACAGGAAAUUAUCGUAUAUGUUUCUUUUUCUCUUUUGUUAUUAUCGUUAUAGAUCUUGUCUCUUUCGCCCGACGGGGAAUUGACGUGUUUUAAUUUUGAAUUAUAUAGAUUGUGCCAACAAUCGAGACGCUGGCACGAAACAGCCAAUUUGAAACCGUUUAGACACAACUCUCCUGAACAUCGAGACUUGACAACGCACACUUUUCCCAUUACGUUUCUUUCCAAGCUUUUUGAUAAAUUCUUUACAAAUUCUAAUCAUAUGGAAGUAAGAAUAAAUGCGCAUAGAGUGAAUGCGAGGGCAACAGUGUCGAAGGAACGGAGAGGUCGAGCGAGAGAGAGAGAGAAAGAAAGAAAGAAAGAUUUUACUAGGCAAACAUACAUUUGCGGGGAACAAACAAGUAUGAUACUGACAAGUAUGAUACUGACAAGUAUGUUCGUGCGGAAAGAAACUGUAUAUAAAACCCACUCUGAUGUCUCUGUCUCUUGGUUAAUUGUCGCAUACACCGUUUCUGCCGUUGCAUUAUUAUAAUAGUUAUUAAUUAUUAUUACUAUAUAAUUAUUGAUAAGAAUACCUUUGCGUUAUUAUAUUCUAUCCUAAAUCUGUAUUAAUCAUACCUUCAUCCCCUAGCGAAUGCAUAGCAUUCUUAGCGUUAUAAUGGGUAGAAAUAUUUAGGCUUCAUGAAAGAGAUGUAUGUCUUUAAGGGGGCACCAUCGGUGAAGAGGAAACCGUUCUCGAACGAUUUGGAGUAGAUGGAUUAGAGAGUGAUAAGAGAGUGAGUUUCGUACAAUAAAUCUGCCACAGAGCCCGUUAUAUUGGAUAUUGAUGUGAUAUCUCAAUGAAUCGCCAUUAUUUCAUUAUGUUUUCUGAUAAUGGAACGAAGUAUAUUUUCAAGGUUUUUUUUUUAUGCGUCUUGCAAUUAUUCUUCUACAUUGUACAGAAUCUUGAAAGAAACGUGUGAAUUUGAGCGAAUUACGUAGAUCGUUCUGAGACUACGAUGCUGUUGCCACUGCUAUACAUGUAUAUUUUAGCAGAUAGUCCGUUACAAUCAUCUUCGUCGAUGUGCAAAAUCUUUACGCUGAGGUCUUCAUACGAAAGUAUGAUCGCAAAAACAGCCAGAUUGGCAUACAACAUGAUCUCUGUAAAUAUAUACUUAUACUUAUAUAGCAACAACCUUGCGAAGUGACUGCUCGAACGGAUGUACCUUUUGGUGUAUACGUUUGGUAACAGUCGCGUAGAUGACUUUCCAAGUGCAAUUAAACGCGAUUGUACUACAAAAAGCAUUAUUUAGCUGUCACAACCAUUCGAGCGAUCGUGAUCAUUAAAACCCCACUCUAAAUAGUCAGUUUAAUAUUCGAGCGAGUACGCCUGGACGUGAUCAACGUCACUUUUAAAUGCGUACUCGUUGGAGAAUUGAAUUGUCAUGAUGUAUGCCAGGCUGUAUUAAGCCAGUACAACCUUUCUGAUAAGAAAAAAAAAAAAGAAGUAUGAUUAACGUAAUGAUAAAUCUAAUAGCCAUUUCCAGUUUUCCCGCGUACCGAUGGUCAGCCCCAAGUUAACUCGUAAUACCCCCUUUCCUCUCUCUCUCUCUCUCCUCCAGCCUUCUCCCUGAAAAUACAUUUAGUCUGGUCAGUAAACGUCAUCCCUCCCGGGGUGCCUAUAAAGGGCAUUUUUAAGCAUCUUGACCGUGAAUCGAGUGUCCAUUCAACGGAAGCGUACCGACCUGUAAGCAGUAAAUGACGCAUUCGCAGUCUGUUAUUUGGGAUAAUCCCGCGUGGAUUUGCAUAGGUACACAAAAGGCUCGAUAUAUUCGGCACGAAAUGUCAAGUGAAAUCACGAUCCAUAUGUAAAUUUGCGUGCGGGAUGAACUUACAGAUUCAGAGAUCUCUCGUUUACUCUUGCAGCAAGAUUUCUGUCAGCUGUUCACAGACGGACGUGCGCGACUGUAUGUCUCCUUGAUGAAAUAUCUCAAAGAAUUGAAGUAUUUUUUCUCCUUUGUUAAUUAUUUUUUUAUUUUGGCGUUAUUAUGCUUUUACAUCAUUGUUUUAAAUUCGGAUGCGAAGAAUAGAGAAAAAAAUAUUCUCUCUUUGCGUGUCCAGUUACGAGUACUAUUAUUCGAAAUACAUGCUUUUGUACA